CAUUCUUGAAUCUGCAAUUCGAAUUCCUCUGUCGUGAGGAGUCAGAAAAGGGCGUUGGAGUUGUACUAGCCCCGAUUUGCUUCGCGCCGUUAGACCCUCUCCUCGCUAUCUUGUCUCAAAACUUUCCUCCAAGUAACAAGCUCCAGUUCCGAACUUCGGCAUACACCACAGCAAGCAAGCAGCAGCAGCAGCAGCAGUCAUGGAAUCAUUCAUCAUCAAGACCCCCAGCUCCAGCGCAAACAUCGGCCCUGGCUUUGAUGUCAUUGGCCUUGCUCUGUCCGUCUACCUUGAGCUUCAUGUAACCAUCGAUCGGUCAAAGACAAAGUCCGAGCACCCGCUCAACUGCAAGAUCACAUACGAGGGAGAGGGCGAGGAUGAGAUCAGCCUUGACCCCCAGGUCAACCUUAUCACACGUGUAGCGCUCUAUGUCCUGCGCUGCAACGACCAGAGGGCGUUCCCCGUUGAGACCCACGUGCAUGUCAAGAACCCUAUUCCUCUAGGUCGUGGCCUUGGUAGCUCAGGUGCCGCUGUUGUUGCUGGCGUUGCUCUGGGCAAGGAAGUUGGAGGAUUGAAGCACCUCGACAAUGACCGACUAUUUGACUACUGUCUCAUGAUUGAGAGACAUCCUGACAAUGUCGGAGCUGCCCUCUACGGAGGUUUUGUCGGAACAUAUCUCAAGCCCUUGACUCCCGAAGACGUUGCCCGAACCGAAAUUCCGCUUAGUGAAGUUCUACCUGCGCCAGCCGGAGGUGAGGACACGGGCAAGAAGCCACCGAACCCUCCCUACGGAAUUGGUCACCAUAUCAAGUUCCCAUGGGCCAAGGAGAUCAAGGCUGUUGCUAUUAUCCCUGACUUCCAGGUUGCUACGCAUGCUGCACGAGGAGUGCUACCUGCGAACUACACUCGUCCCGAUGUGGUCUUCAACCUGCAGAGAAUUGCUCUUCUGCCCGUCGCCCUGGGCCAGUCCCCUCCCGAUCCCGAGCUCAUCCAUCUUGCCAUGCAAGACAAGAUUCACCAACCCUACCGCCAGACUCUCAUCCCCGGUCUGACCGAGAUCGUCGAAACAAUGUCUCCCAAGACCGACGAAGGCUUCCUCGGUGUCUGUCUAUCUGGCGCUGGUCCUACCAUUCUGGCUCUUGCUACGCACAACUUUGAGGCUAUCGCCGCUAAGAUUAUCGCUAAGCUGCGAGAACACAACGAGAAGAAGGAUCUACCGUGCCAAUGGAUGGUGCUUGAACCCGCGGAGGGCACCCAUGUCAUUCGCUCAUGAGUAUGAAAUUGUGAAAACAAAUACCAUGAGAGGAAGCAAGAUGACCUUGCAAUUAAAACCGUGGCUGGGAUUGCAUAGACAUGUGUAUCACGUAAAAGGAAUUAUGUUUGGCUGGCAAACUUCUGAGAAACGAGGAUAGAGGGUCACGCCAAGGCAUGGAGUAUGUGAGAACGAUUCAAUGAAAUAACGCAAUAAAAGGAAGAUUUAGAUAUAAAUUUUAAUUCGACUUAUGAAAAUGGUAGGCGG